AUGAGAGAGCACAGGCUUUAGCUGUGUCAAGGGAAGUUUAGGCUGGACAUUAAGAAUUUCUUCACAGAAGGGGUAAUUAGACAUUGGAAUGGGCUGCCCAGGGAGGGGGGGGAGUCACUGCUCCUGGACGUGUUCAAGCACAGACUGGAUGUGGCACUCAGUGCCAUGAUCUAUUGUCAUGGUGGUGUUGGGUCACAGGAUGGACUUCACGUCAUGUUAGAGGUCUUUUCUAACCCAAUUGUUUCUGUGAUCCUGCAAUUCCUGUGUGUGCUACAAUGUACAAAUAGCAAAAAAAAGUUCUGACAGUCGGCGUGCUCCUUUUGCUGAACAACACCGAGCACGCAGGCUUGCGCAACUCUAAACAAAUAACCAAAGUCUCACUCUCGAGCUCGCUGCAAACCGCGCGGCGGGGGAUGUGAUCCCCAGGGACUGCCGGGUCCGUGUCCGGUGCCGGUGCCGACCGCGGCCCCGGCCCCGCCGAGCUCCCCCUGCCCGCCCCGGCCGCUCCCUCAGCGCCCCGCGCGCCCCGCCCGCAUGCGCGCUGCGCAGCGCCCGCCGGAGGGGGCGGCGCGGCUGAGCCCGUGCCCGGCUCGGCGCUGGGGCUGGAGGCGCUUCGCAGCCACGGACACACCGCAGCGCCGAUCCCGCCGGGGAAAUCGGCUCCCCUCCCGUUCCCCCGCGGCUGGGAGCCGAGGCCCUCCCUCCGCUCCCGGUCCUCCGGCAGGCUGAGGGGACGGGGAGCCCGGUCCGUCCCGCUGCGGAAGGGCUGAGGGGGCAGCAGAGCCCCCUUGCCCCCGCUUCCCUCCUCGUGCUUUUCCACCGCAGGGAGAGAGCUUCCCUGUCCUAACCCGUGCCCUGCAGGAAGCGGGAUCCCCCUGCCCUCACCCCUGCCCUUUGCUCCGCCGAGCGGAGGGUGGUGGGGCUGGACCUUCCGCGAGCCAUCGGGCCUGUGCAGCUGCGGGCAUGGCUGUCCGUGGGGUCGGGAGCUCCCUGCUGCUGAUGUCCGGCGUGGUGGUGACCGUGGGGCUGUGCCGGAGGCUGGCCCGGCGCCGGCUGCGCUCCCGCCCGCUCCUCUUCGCUUUCCUUGUGGAGAUGUUCAGCACCUUCCAGAUCUGCGCCUGCACGAACGAGCUCAGCCUGCUCGGCAACGUGGAGCCGAAGCCGCACACCGCCCUCACCCUCACCUACGGCUUCACCGUCCUGCACGGCCUGAGCCUGGCCGGCAGCACAUGCAAUCCCUGCGGGACCCUGCAGCCCAUGUGGGGCGGCGGGACGUCGCUCACCAUGGGGGGACUCAAGAUCGCCGCUCAGUUCGUGGCUGCAGUGCUCGCCAGAGUGUUCAUGCACUUUAUCUGGAGUCUGGAGAUGGCAGAGCCACAUCUUGGAGCACUCUCACAGGGCUGCAGCAGCCCUAUGCAGACUACAGAGAUGCAGGCGUUCUGCAUAGAACUGCUCUUUUCUGUCGUUUUCCAGCUGGCCGUCCUGCAAGCCGAAAGCGUUAACCCCAAGUACAGAGUCCAUUUAAUUGCUCUUCUCAUCACCAUGCUCGUGUAUGCAGGUGGAAAUCUCACAGGAGCAAUCUUUAACCCAGCACUGGCGUUUUCAUUACAUGCAGAUUGUUUCUAUGACAAAUUUUUGAGUUACUCUCUAGUAUAUUGGCUAGCACCAUGCUUAGGUACAAUACUUGUGGUUUUUAUAUGGGAUGAAAUCUUUCCUCGGAAAUCCCGAUACAUCAAAUCCUGAAAUUUGGGAGCACUACAUUAAAAAAUAUUUCCAACAUCUGCAGACAUAAAGCUUUCAGAGAACUGCUGACAGA